AUGGCUAAUCUAUUCAAAUUCUUUGGACAAGGUUUUUUGUUUUGUUGUAAGUUGUUCAAAAACGAUGCAAACAAAAUUCAAUUGGCAAAUGAUGGAGUUAGAGACUGGAGAAAUCUCAGUGCUAGACUUAAAAGUCAUGAAACAAGUAGUGAACACAUUGUUAACAUGAAGAGUUGGAUUGAAUUAGAGAUCAGAUUACGACAAAAUGCGACAAUCGAUAAAAGUGUUGAAGAACAAAUCAACAAAGAACGAGAACAUUGGAGAAAAGUACUAUUGAGAGUAGUUGCUGUUGUGAAAACACUUGCUAAAAAUAGUUUGGCAUUUCGUGGAGAUAAUGAGAAGCUUUAUGAAGAAAAUAAUGGAAAUUUUUUAAGUAUAAUAGAAAUGAUUGCCGAAUUUGAUCCAAUAAUGAAAGAGCAUGUUCGUCGAGUUCAGGAGAAAGAAAUUCAUUAUCAUUAUCUUAGUCACAAAAUUCAAAAUGAAUUUAUUCUUCGAAUAGCAGAUGAGAUCAAAAGUUUAAUCAUCCAAAAGAUUAAAGAAGCAAAGUACUUUUCUGUUAUUCUUGAUUGUACUCCGGAUGCAAGCCAUGAAGAGCAAAUGUCACUUAUAUUAAGAUGCGUGAAUAUUUCAACAAGCCCAAUAAAGAUGGAGGAGUUCUUUUUAGGAUUUUUAAAGGUGGAUGAUACAUCAACCCUCUCGUAUCGCACCGUCUAA